GUGUGUGUGUGUGUGUCUGUGUCUUAGCUCGAAACUAACAACCACAACAAAUUAGUUAAUAAUACUAACCAAAAGCGAGCAAAAAGAAAACAAUUUUUUUUUGAUUUCGCUGUUGCAAGGCUGCUCGAAGUCCGUCUCUCGAUGCCUCGACAAACGCCGCAGCUAACGGCGCCACAGCAGCAGCAACAGCAGCAACAACAAUAGUAAACAACAAAACAACACAACAAACAAACAACAAUUCAAACAGACAGCCCACGAAUGCAGCCAACAUUGCCACAAGCCGCUGGGACAGCCGAUAUGGAUCUGACGGCUGUUCAAUCAAUCAACGAUUGGUUUUUCAAAAAGGAGCAAAUUUAUUUAUUGGCACAAUUUUGGCAACAGCGCGCUACAUUAGCCGAGAAGGAAGUGAACACACUCAAGGAGCAACUAUCCACAGGCACGCCCGGCAGCAACAGCGACAGUAACAGCGACAACAACAACACAUCCGAGUCAGCACUAGCAGCAGCAGCAGCAACAGCAGCAGCAGCAGCAACAGCAGCAGCAGCAACAUCAUUGGCCAGCGGCGAAGAGGAAGCCACUGGCAAUAGCGAGAGCGAGAGCGACAAGCUGCUGAAUAGCUCGAUUGUUGCAGCGGCCAUAACGCUGCAACAGAACGGCGGCAAUCUGCUGGCCAACACAAAUACACCGUCGCCAUCGCCGCCGUUGCUCAGCGCCGAGCAGCAGCAACAGUUGCAGAGCAGCCUGCAAAACGGCGUCGGCGUCGGCGGCGCUUGCUUGAAUCCCAAGCUCUUCUUCAAUCACGCCCAACAAAUGAUGAUGGAAGCGGCAGCGGCUGCUGCAGCGGCGGCCCGGGCAGCAGCAGCGGCAGCCCAGCAGCAGCAACAGCAGCAAUCGCCAAUGCAUUCGCCAAUCGCGGCCACCGCAAUAAGCACAACAACAACAGCAGCAGCAGCAGCAGCAGCAGCCGCAACAGCAGCAGCAGCCACACAACAGCAAUCGGCAAGGGAUAUUGCUGAGCCAAUAGCCAGCAGCAAUUGCAACGACGACGAUGAGGACGACGACGAGGAGGACGCGUCGAUGCAAUCGAAUGUGGCGCAUGCCGAUGGCGAUUUAGACGAUGAUGAUAUGGAGCUGGAGCCGGAGCAUGUUGCUGAUACGGGCAGCAUUGCUGCCGUAGAGCCAACAUUGGCCAGAACUGAAAAUGUUGUCGAUGCGAACGCGAACGCAAGCACAGCCAACAAUGAUCAACGCGAUGAUAAUGAUGAUGAUGAUGAUGACGAUGAUGAUGAGGGCGAUGAUCGCAAUGUCGAUGCCGUUGUGGCUGCUGAUGGACGGCAGGACGAGCUAGAAGCUAGUUUAAACGUGAACAACAACAACAACAAUGCUGAUAGCAACAAUAGCUGUAGUCGGAAGAACAACAACAACAACAAGAACAACAACAGUGAAACGCAACAUGUUGCACUGCGUGAUAAUAAUGUAAAUGAGCAACAUGUGGCACAUAGCGCCGAGGAUGACGAUUGCACCAACAACAAUACUAACACCAACAACAACAACAACAGCAGCAGCAAUGAGAAGCGCAAAAAGCGCAACGCCAGCAACAACAACAAUAACAACAACAACAACAACCAGCCCGCUGUACUGUUAGCUGCCAAAGACAAAGAGAUUAAAGCACUUUUGGAUGAGUUGCAACGCCUGCGAGCUUUGGAACAAACUCACCUGGUACAAAUCCAGAGGCUCGAAGAGCAUUUGGAGGUGAAGCGACAGCACAUAAUGCGCUUGGAGGCCCGCUUGGAUAAGCAGCAGAUAAAUGAGGCCCUGGCCGAGGCUACGGCAUUGGCUGCCGCUGCUAAUGCCGCUGCGACAAACAACAACAAUAACAACAAUAGCAACAGCAACAACAAUAACAGCAGCAGCAACAACAACAACAAUCACAGUAGCCAGAGCAGCGACAACAACAACGUCGUAUUCAAGACAUCUGAUCUAACAUCGAGCCAUCGGCUCAACAACGACGAUGACGACGACGAUGACAAUGAUCACGAUAAUGAGCUGCGCGAUGCCGACGGCGACGGCGAUGAUGAUGAGGACCUGCACAUGACCAACAGCGAGCAGCAUCAGCAGCAACAGCAACAUUCAGCUUUAGUCAACAAUCGCCACGAUGAUGAGCAGGACAAGGACAAUGCCGAGGACCACGACGCCGAAAUGUCGAAUGCCACAGCCACAGCGGACAGCAAUGAGCUGAAAAUCAAAAAGGAGCAGCACAGCCCACUGGACUUGAAUGUGCUCAGUCCACAAUCGGCCAUUGCCACAGCCGCCGCGGCCGCAGCAGCCGCUGCCUGUGCCAACGAUCCCAAUAAAUUCCAAGCCCUGCUACUGGAGCGGACCAAAGCUUUUGCCGCCGAGGCGCUCAAGAAUGGCAGCAGCGAUGCAGUUAGCGAUGAUUCUGGACUGCCUCAGUAUGCUGGUCGCGGCGCUGGCGGCGAUGAUUCCAUGUCCGAGGAUCGCCUCGCACACAUACUCAGCGAAGCUUCCUCCCUGAUGAAGAGCAACGUGGUCGCCGCCCAGCAGCAGCAGCAGCAGCAACAACAGGAGCAUCAGCGCCGUCAUGCCAGCGACGAUACGCACAGCAACGAUGACAGCAAAUCGCCGCCACAGAGCUGCAGCUCGCCGUUCUUCAAGGUGGAGCAUCAGAUCAAGCAGCAGCAGCAACAGCAGCAGCAGCUGCACGUCUCUGAGCACGCGCAGCGGGAGCAACGCGAGGCAGCUGCCGCCGCCGCCGCUGUUGCCGUCCAUCAGCAGCAGCAGCAGCGUGAGCAGCGCGAACAGCGUGAGGCCGUUCAGCGCGAGCAACAGCAGCGUUUGCGUCACGAGGAUCUCGCCCAGGACAAAAUGGCGCGUCUCUACCAGGAGCUAAUGGCGCGCACACCGCGCGAAGCAGCCUUCCCUAGCUUUUUGUUGUCGCCCUUCUUUAGCGGCGCCGCGGGCAUGCCUGGAGCAGCCGCCAAUCCAUUCCCCGCCGCAAUGGCCGCCGAUGAGAAUAUGCGCCAUGCCUUCGAGCGUGAGAUCGUGAAGCUGCAGCAGCAGCAGCAGCAACAACAGCAGCAGGCGCAGGCCGCCAACUUUCCCAACUUUUCCAGUUUGAUGGCACUGCAGCAGCAGGUGCUGAAUGGCGCGCAGGAUCUGUCGCUGGCCGGCAAGGAUAUCAAGCUGAAUGGCCAGCGCUCGGCGCACGAUCAGCACAGCGGCAGCAGCAGCUCCAAGGAUGGCGAGCGCGGCGAUGAUGCUGAUCGCAGCUUUCCCGCCCUGCCACAUCCACGCAAAUCGGAGGGCGGCAACACACCCGCACCGCCCGCACCGCCAGCCGUCAAUGCCGCCGGCAGCAGCAGCAAUCCGAUCGCGGGCAGCGUCGCUGUGGCCAGCGGCCAUGGCAGCAACUCGGCAGCGCCCAGUCCAUUGAGCAACUCGAUACUGCCGCCAGCGCUGAGCAGCCAGGGCGAGGAGUUUGCGGCGACAGCGAGCCCGCUGCAGCGCAUGGCAUCCAUAACCAAUUCGCUGAUUACACAGCCGCCCGUGACACCGCACCACUCGCAGCCACAGCGACCCACUAAGGCGGUGCUGCCGCCCAUCACGCAGCAGCAGUUCGACAUGUUCAACAAUCUGAACACGGAGGACAUUGUGCGACGCGUCAAGGAGGCGCUCUCCCAGUACAGCAUCUCGCAGCGCCUGUUCGGUGAGUCCGUGCUGGGCUUGUCGCAGGGUUCGGUCUCUGAUCUGCUGGCGCGACCCAAGCCCUGGCACAUGCUCACCCAGAAGGGCCGCGAGCCGUUCAUACGCAUGAAAAUGUUUCUGGAGGACGAGAAUGCGGUGCACAAGCUGGUGGCCAGCCAGUACAAGAUAGCGCCCGAGAAGCUAAUGCGCACGGGCAGCUACAGCGGCAGUCCACAGAUGCCCCAGGGCCUGGCCAACAAGAUGCAGGCCACGCUGCCCAUGCAGAAGAUGAUGAACGAACUGAAGCUGCAGGAGCCGGCACAGGCACAGCACAUCAUGCAGCAGAUGCAGGCAGCGGCUGCCAUGUCCGCGGCCAUGCAGCAGCAGCAGGCGGCGGCUGCCCAAGCGGCUGCCGUCCAGCAGGCCCAGGCCCAGGCACAGGCUCAGCAGAGCCAUCAGCAGCAGCAGCAGCAGCAGGCGCAGCAGCAGGCCCAGCAGCUGCUCCAUCAUCAGAAUAUGCUAUUGACAUCGCCCGGCCUGCCGCCCCAGCAUGCCAUCAGCUUGCCAGCGGCGAGCACGCCCAGCGGCCAGGCUGCCAUUGGCAAUCCGACAGCCAGCUCCACGCCCGGCAGCAACGAGAAGAAGCCGAUGAUGAUGCCCGUGCAUGGCGGAGCACAUGCGCCGAAUGCCAUGCGCAGCCUGCACCAGCAUAUGUCGCCAACCGUUUAUGAGAUGGCCGCGCUGACACAGGAUCUGGACACGCACGAUAUAACCACCAAGAUUAAGGAGGCGCUGCUCGCCAACAACAUCGGCCAGAAGAUCUUCGGCGAGGCGGUGCUGGGACUAUCGCAAGGCUCCGUAUCGGAGCUGCUGAGUAAACCGAAGCCCUGGCACAUGCUCUCCAUCAAGGGUCGCGAGCCCUUCAUACGCAUGCAGCUGUGGCUGAGCGAUGCCAACAAUGUGGAGCGCCUGCAGCUGCUGAAGAACGAGCGUCGGGAGGCGAGCAAGCGACGCCGCAGCACUGGACCCAAUCAGCAGGACAACAGCAGCGAUACGUCCAGCAAUGAUACGAACGAUUUCUACACGAGCAGCCCGGGUCCCGGCUCGGUGGGCUCUUCUGUGGGCGGUGCACCGCCCAGCAAGAAGCAGCGUGUGCUCUUCUCGGAGGAGCAGAAGGAGGCUCUGCGCCUGGCCUUUGCUCUGGAUCCAUAUCCCAAUGUGGGCACCAUCGAGUUUCUCGCCAACGAGCUGAGCCUGGCCACGCGCACCAUCACCAACUGGUUCCACAACCACCGCAUGCGGCUCAAGCAGCAGGUGCCACACGGCCAGCCCGGCCAGGACAAUCCCAUACCCAGUCGAGAGAAUACCAAUGCCACGCCCUUCGAUCCCGUCCAGUUCCGCAUACUGCUGCAGCAGCGUCUCGUCGAGCUGCACAAGGAGCGCAUGGGCCUGAGUGGUGCGCCCAUACCCUACCCACCGUACUUUGCCGCCGCCGCUCUGCUCGGUCGCAGCUUGGCGGGCAUUCCAGGCGCUGCAGCGGCUGCUGGUGCAGCGGCAGCUGCGGCCGCUGCCGUCGGCGCCGCUGGCGGUGAUGAGCUGCAAGCGCUCAAUCAGGCCUUCAAGGAGCAGAUGAGCGGCCUGGACCUGUCCAUGCCAACGCUGAAGCGUGAGCGCAGCGAUGACUAUCAGGAUGAGCUGGAGCUAGAUGCUAGCGGUCACAAUAUGAGCGACAACGAGUCCAUUGAAGGUGGCCACGAGCCAGAGAACACUCCCAUAUCCGAGUACGAGAAGGCGCUGCAGAAGUCGGCGCUCGCCUCAGCCGCUGGCUACUUGAACAAUGCGGUGCGCAGCUCGCGUCGCAAGCCCGCUGCACCACAGUGGGUCAAUCCGGCUGGCGCCAGCACGCCCACGGCAGCGGGCGCUGCUAUCGCAGCCAGCGAUAACAGCGGCAGCGAGCGCAUUAUCAACGGCGUCUGCAUUAUGCAAGCCUCCGACUAUGGACGCGAUGAGGGCGACAGUGUCAAGGGCGGCGACUCGAAUGCCGAUGCCGAGCACGACGAUCAUGCGCAGCUGGAGAUUGAGCAGCGCUUCAUGGAGCCGGAGGUGCGCAUCAAGCAGGAGGAGGACGACGACGAUGAGCAGUCCUCGCACCUGCAGCAGCAGCAGCAGCAGCAACAGCAGCUGGACGAUGAGAGCGCCGAGAAGCAGCUGAAGGUGAUCAACGAGGAGAAGCUGCGCAUGGUGCGUGUGCGGCGACUCAGCAGCAAUGGCGAUGCCGAUGAGCAUUGCGCCGCAGUGCAGCAGGCGACGGCAGCAGCGGCGGCAGCGGCAGCAGCAGCAGCAGCUGUAGCAGCGGCAGCAACUGCUACGCCAGCAGCGGCCGCAGCGUGGAACUACUAAGCUAGCAAGCAGUAGGAACUGGAACUAGAACCGGAACCGGAACCGGAACGGCAACUGGUUACCAGAGUGCAAUGACGACGACGACGUUUACUUGUGAUUAAGUUUGGCAGCGGCUCCACAACAUGUUUAGCCACUGGCUAAUAAAUAUAACACACUCACACAUAUAUAUAUUUAUAUAUAUAAAGGCAUAUAUAUA